AUGGAAAAGAAAAUCGUAAAAAAAUCUACACCCCAGCAGCUACAAGAGCUGGUCAAAGCCAUGAUGGAGGAUUCGGAUUUGGCCAAGGGUAUUCCAGUAUUUGGAGGGUCCAAAUAUACAGUGGAUGAGAAGUGGAAAACCAUUACCACAAAAUUAAACAUGCAUGGCCCUCCUAUGCGUACCACAGCCGAGUGGAGAAAGACUUGGGCGGACUUAAAAUCGCGCACCAAAAAGAAACUGAUGGAUAAUAAAAAGAGCUUGGAAGCUACAGGUGGUGGCGAAUAUGCUUUCUGUGCCCUAACAGAAUUGGAGGAGAUGGUAGACCGUGCUAUAUCAGCCACUAGAUCUGCGGUUCCGACCGGUGCUAAGUACGGCUUUUGUUCUCAACAACCCAUAAUGGUUGAAGAAGACAUUGUAGAGUGCUUCACACCUUAUGUAGCGUCACCGCCGCGUAGCAACAAAGAUGUGGCUGUAAAUACGCCAAAAAGAAACGGGGUACCUGAUUGUAGUAAAAAAAAUUAUCAGGUUGUGCCCACAAACUACAGUUUACACACAAGCGGAAUGGCUACCACUAUUACAGAUACCACCGCCCCAUCUAGCACCCCCGCAGCUACCACCGUCCCAUAUAGCACCGCACGACCUAGUACCGCCCCAUUCAGUACCGCCCCAUCCAACGCCGCCCCAUCCAGCGCCGCCCCAUCCAGAACCGCCUCAUAUAGCACCGCCCCAUUUAGCACCGCCUCAUUUAGCACCGCACCAUCUAACACCGUCCCAUCUAGCACUGCCCCAUCUAACAGUGCCGCUGCUACUAUGGCGAAGAAGCGGAGAAUGGAUGAUGAUAAUGACGUUGAGUUGGUUAUGGUUGAUGAUAAUGAAGUUGUGGUGAUGCUGAUAAUAACGAUGAUUUUUAUGGCAAUAAUUAAAAUAAUGAAAUGA